UUUCAAGUGUGUUCAAUAAUUAAUUUUUUCUACUUUUCGCUCAAGCUUUAGUGGUGAAAGUGCUUUUUGCAUUAAAGAUGAUGAUGGCCUAUUUCACUUACAGUACAGGGCUGGAAAGAAUGUUUUUGCACAGCUUGAGAACGAGUCACUGUGCAUUAUGUGUAUGCAUCUGAGUAAAACGAAAAAGACAACAGCCAGCAGCUCAGUGAGGCUAUAAGCAUAAAGGUGCUUAAAUGCCAACAUAGUGAACUCCUGAUCAAAAUUGACCUGAUGAUGCUCACUGAUCACUUCGAUUUAGGAUGACAUGCAUGUUUAUACUUGUUUUAUGGCAAACAACCAUCUAAACUUAAAUUGCCAACCUAGUGAGCAAUGAAUUGAAAAAACAUGAAACCAAUCCAUCUGUCCAUCCAUUGCUCAAACCAUGUUCUAAACCACUUAUCCAGCUCAGAGUGUUUACGCCAAACCAUUUGAAAUAUACGGAUAUUUCCCAGGAUACAUGGAAAUUUUAAAAUGUUAGUUGUGCUUAAGGAAAAUACAGAUAAUGAUUGAAGUUGAUCUCUGCUUCAAAUGUUUAAAGCACUUCAUCGGUAGUUCUCAAGACAUUUUUCUAUAAACCCAAAUUUAACAAGAGGUAUGCUGACCAACAGGAAUACCUAGUAUUGCUAGAAUAGGUGUAGUAAAUCACACCAUUUCACCGUAAAGACAGACAGCUAAACAGUCUAGCUACUGUAAAUCGGUAGGAACUGUACCUAAAACCACUGAACAUAUUUAUUUAUCUUAAAUUUGGGCAGGUGAGACUGAAUGUUAGUCAUAUAGUCACAGAUAACAAAAAAAAUAUUCUGCUUGAUGUUAAAAUAACUUCACCACCAUGUACAGUGGUAAAACCCAAACCACACCACAGGUUUCAUUUUCCCCUAAAAUUUAAUGAGAAAUGAAACUCUUCCUUUCACUGGUUUCAGUUGAAUAAUAACUUGUAACUCACCCAGCUGUGUUUUAUAAUACCAUGGAAUAUCUGCCAUACAACAAGAGUCAGAGUAUUAAACCUGCUGUAUCUUAUUAAAGGCACCUCUUUACAGUAACAAUAGCAUAAAUGCACCAAUAAGCCUUUUCACGAUGUAGUAAAAGAUGAAAUAUUUGGAUGUUUGUGGUUUGUAAGAAAGUAGGAAGUGAUGCCGGCUAAUUCUACACACACUAGGCUAACACAGACACCUGUUACUUUCAUCGACCACCUCAGGAACGUUUGUUAGUGUUAUACUUCUUUCAGUACUCCAUCGAACCUGACAAGACAAGUCAGAGCUGGACUCUUUUUUUUUUGUUUUCUCACAUAAAUAAUGUUUCUCCACCUGAUGUGUGUGGCACUGCUCACCCUGUGGUCUUGUCUCCCUAUUUUGGCAACUGGCAUCUAUUACCCGAAAACUCUGCCAUGUGAUGUUAACGAGAUCAACAAUGGGAGUGAAGUGAAGGUGGACUGCACUGAGAGAAGCCUCAAAAAAAUCCCCCAUGGAAUCCCGAGAGACACAACAAACCUGACGCUCACCAUCAACCAUAUUCCGAGUUUAAACUCCACCUCCUUUUACGGUUUGGAGAACUUGACUGAGAUUGACAUGAGGUGCAACUGUGUGCCCAUCAAAAUCGGACCCAAGGACAAGAUGUGCCUGAAGAGUGUGAUAAUUGAGGAAAAUACUUUCAGCAGACUGAGCAAUCUGCGAGCGCUGUAUCUAGAUGGCAAUCAGCUCUACAGUAUACCUAAAGGCCUGCCUUCAAAUCUGAUCCUUCUGAGCUUGGAAGUGAAUCAUAUUUAUUAUCUUUCUAAAGCAAACCUCUCUGAGCUUAGAAAUGUUGAGGUGCUUUACCUUGGUCAAAACUGCUAUUUUCGUAACCCCUGCAAUGAUUCCUAUGAUAUAGAAGACGAUGCAUUUUUACAGUUUAACAAUUUAAAAUUGCUAUCUCUUAAAUCAAAUAACUUGUCUUUCAUUCCACAUCAGCUACCCACUACUCUGAAGGAGCUGUAUCUCUAUAACAAUAACAUUCAAGAAGUCACUGAUGAAGACUUUAAAAAUUUAACUAAUCUUGAGAUUCUAGACAUUAGCGGAAACUGCCCCCGGUGUUACAACGCUCCUUUUCCAUGUAGCCCAUGUCCAAAUAACGCGCCAUUGAAAAUCAGCAAGACAGCUUUUAAAAGGCUGACCAAACUAAAAACAUUACGGCUGCAUAGCAACUCCCUUACAAGUGUGCCUUCUGAAUGGUUUGACACCACAACUGAGCUCAGAGUGCUGGACCUCUCAUCAAACUUUUUAGCAAGGGAGCUAGAAAUCACUGCUUUCCCAAAAUUCCUGGGUAAACUAGAAGAACUUGACCUUUCAUUCAACUACGAGCUUCAGAAGUACCCUCAAACGCUAAAACUGAGUUGCAGUUUCUCCUCUCUGAAGUCUCUCAAAAUUUUCAGAAUGAAAGGUUAUGUGUUUCAGCAGUUAACUACAGAGAGUAUCGCUCAUUUAAAACCUCUACCGAACCUGGAGGUUGUAGAUUUGGGUACAAACUUCAUUAAAAUGACAAAGCUUAGUAUUCUGAUGGAGUUGAAAAGCUUUAAAAUAAUCAGCCUGUCUGACAACAAAAUAUCGUCUCCCUCUGAUGGCCAAAUUGCACUUGAUUCGUCCGGAGGAGAAACCUCGGACUGGUCUCCGAUGUCUUCCGCUGCUGAGUACCAAAACAAAGAUGUGAGAGAGAUUCAUUAUUUCAGAUAUGAUGAGUAUGCACGAAGCUGCAAAUACAAGGACAAGGAACUUGGAGUUAUUACAUCCUUCGUCAAAAAAGAAUGCAGUCAGUUUGGCAAAACCCUGGACGUCAGCAGAAACAAUAUAUUCUUCCUGCAUUCACGAUUUUUAAACCUUACAGAGCUAAGAUGCCUCAAUCUGUCUGGAAAUGCAAUGAGUCAAAGUCUGAAUGGUUCUGAAUUUACUUACCUGGCUAAUUUACAAUAUCUGGACUUCUCAUGGAACCGUUUGGACCUGCUCUACUCUACCGCGUUCCAAGAGCUGAAAAAUCUGGUCAUCUUGGAUAUAAGUAACAACAACCACUAUUUUGAAUCAGAAGGUCUGACUCACAUGCUUAAUUUCACUAGGCAUUUAAAAAACCUAAAGGUACUCCUGAUGAAUCACAACAAGAUCUCUACUUCCACUAACACAGAGCUGGAGAGUCAAUCCCUAGAAAGGUUAGAGUUCAGAGAUAACCGGUUAGAUGUACUGUGGCGAGAUGGGAACACCAGAUAUGUCAACUAUUUUAAGAAUUUAGUUAAUCUGACUGUCCUUGACAUCUCCCAUAACAACCUCCCUUUUAUCCCAUCGGACGUAUUCAGUGGUCUACCAGAGAAGCUAUCUGAGCUGUAUAUCAAAAACAACAAACUAAAAUCCUUUAACUGGAAGAAACUGCAACUUCUACACUCAUUGCGAGUCUUGGAUCUCAGUGGAAACAGCUUGACUACUGUUCCAGAUGUGUUAUCAAACUGCACCACAUCUCUUGAGAAACUAAUUUUACACAAAAACCAAAUCCUAAAGCUUACACCAGAUUUCCUCAAGGGUGCCUACCACUUGAAAUAUCUAGACCUGAGUUCUAAUCACAUCCAGUACAUUGAAAAAUCCAGCCUUCCAGAUGAUGUUCUUAAUCAUAUGGACAUGUUACUUCUGCACCAAAACAGAUUCUUGUGCACUUGCAAUGCCACCUGGUUUGUCACAUGGCUCAACAGGACUACAGUAACCAUACCUAGAUUGGGCACGGAUGUUACCUGCGUUGCCCCAGGGGCACAAAGAGGUCGUCCAGUCAUCUCAGUGGACCUUUUGGCCUGCCAGCACCACUACCUGUCAAUCAUCCUCUCCACCCUAAUGACUUCCCUGAUCCUCAUCUUGGUCACGCUGUCCAUCUCCAGCCAUCUCUUCAUGUGGGAUGUCUGGUACAUCUACCAUUUCUGCAGGGCCAAGCUCAAAGGCUACCGCCGCCUGUAUUCCCAGAGCGCUGUUUACGAUGCCUUUGUGAUCUAUGAUAAGGAGGAUCCUGCAGUAUCAGAGUGGGUGACGAAGGAAAUGUGCGCUCAUCUUGAGGAGUGUGGAGACCGCCGACUGACGCUUUGUCUUGAGGACCGGGAUUGGAUGCCCGGAUGCCCCCUGAUUGACAACCUCUCUCAAAGCAUCCACAGGAGCAAGAGGACUGUGUUUAUUCUCACCAAAAAAUACAUCAAAGGGGGAAACUUCAAGACGGCGUUCUACAUGGCUCACCAAAGGCUAAUGGAUGAAAAAAAUGAUGUUAUAGUGCUUAUUUUCUUAGAGAAAGUGCCCUGCAAUUCAAAGUACUUGAGAUUACGAAAGAGGCUGUAUAAGAGGUCUGUGCUAGAGUGGCCAACAAAUCCUCAAGCCCAGCCAUACUUUUGGUUCAGCCUGAGGAGUGUAUUAGCAACCGAAGGUCACAAACAAUACAACAAUCUCUUCAAAGAGACACUGUAA